GUGGUCUGAGGUUCAUGUCAUACAUAGAACAUUGCUGAAGCGACAGAUGCAGUAGACACCUCCAGCACAGCUCCACCUUCACCUACUAUCCACCUCCAACUUGUUCAGCUCCUCAUCUGCUUGAAACCAUGAAGUUUUCUCGUCUUAAAAUCUUCCUCUUAAUCUUGGCUCAUAUUAUCUUGGUCAUCCUGCUGCUAGUCUUAUUUGCCAAUCCUGUAAGUGAACAGCAGUAUCCAAAAAGGGCAGAUGAAUCUGAAGUACAUCUGCAAAAUGAAUUCAACCAACAGUUCCGAGAUUAUGUAAACCCCAUUGAGGACUUCUUGAUGAUCACUACAGAAUCAAAUGAAGAGCCCCCAGAUAAAGUCUUGGAUAUCCAGCUAAAUAAAACAACAGAGUCAGCCAAAUCAAUGAUAACUACCAAAAGGCCACUCAACCAAACACAAGCCAAAUCAGACAGAACCAGUCUGGAUGUUCCGUCAACAACUUUAGGACAAACCACUUGGAAAUCUCUUAAGGCAAAUAACUUUACUGCUGAGCCAAAGUGGGAAUUUGAGGAGGAUUAUAUCCUGGUGACUUCCUCUCAUCAUACCACCUGCCCGUUAUCGAUAAAAAUUAAAGCUCACAACGUGUCUUGGCUGAAAGAGAGGUUCCUACAUGAUAUCACCAUAUUUAUGGAUGCCCACCACUUCAACGAUCAGGAGUGGAGAAGAUUGGCACACUUCAUUCCUCCAUAUGGCUGGAGGGAGUUAGAGUACCCAGUGGUGAAGGAAGUGAUGUCGGUCCUACCUCAUGUUCCCGAUCAGCAGCUGCUCCUCGCAGAAAGGAGAGGGAAAGCUCCAGGCUGCGUUACCUGUGCUGUGGUGGGAAAUGGAGGAAUUCUCAAUGCGUCUCGGAUGGGAAAAGAGAUUGAUUCACAUGAUUAUGUAUUUCGGGUUAAUGGAGCAAUGAUUAAAAGAUAUGAGGCUGAUGUGGGAAAGCGGACCUCAUUCUACGGCUUCACUGCUUUCACCAUGCUAUCUUCCUUCAAUUUGCUAAACAGGAGAGGAUUCUCCACUGUUCCCAAGGACAAGGAGACAAAGUACAUCCUUUUCACGGAAGGACAGAGAGACUUUGAGUGGCUGAAAGCUGUACAGCAGAACAAAGAGCUCCGCAAGGGUUAUCUACGGCAAUACCGGCUCCGUCCUCGGGAAGACUUUGGGAACAAUUUUGACUUUAAGAAGUUGUUAGUUGUCCAUCCAGAUUUCUCACGGUACUUGAAGAACAGGUUCCUGAGAUCAAACAUACUCAAUGGACAGUGGUGGAGACUAUACAGGCCGAGCACAGGGGCCUUGGUUCUGUUGACAGCAUUACAUCUGUGCGAUGUGGUCAGUGUCUAUGGUUUUAUGACAGAAGAUUUCCAAGAUUAUGCUGAUCAUUAUUAUGACAAGACGCACACUAAAGUUGUUUUUUAUAUCAACCACGACUUUCUUUUGGAGAAAGACUUAUGGGCUCGCCUGCAUGAGCUAGACAUCAUCAAACUUUACAAGGGGAAUAAGGGACUAUAGGACUGGACUCCUAUAACGAAACAAUGACCACUAUCAAGUCCACAUUUUUUGUAGAAAUUGGUAAUUUAUUUUUUGCUCAUAUUCUGUUUAAAUUAACUUGUUAAAAAGGGUUUUCAGAGAUAUUUUUACUGAUACUUAUCCUCUGGGUAGGUCAUCGGUGUCUGAUCGGUGGGGGUCCGACAACCGGGACUACCGCUGAUCUCGGCUUUUUGAGAUUUCACCAGUACUCACAGCAGUGCAGCGGGCUUCUCUCGGCUCACCAAGCAGAGCGUCCUUCAUUUCUUAGUGGCUGUGCUUGGUAUCACAGCUCAGAUCCAUUUACUUCAAUGGGGUUGAGAAGCGCCUAGGUCAGUGAUGGCUAACCUUGGCACUCCAGUUGUGGUAAAACUACAACUCCCAAGAUGCCCCCCUUGCUUGGCUGCUCUCAGAACUCUAUAGAAAUAAAUGGAGCAUGCUGGGAGUCGUAGUUUCACCACAGCUGGAGUGCCAAGGUUAGCCAUCACUGGCCUAGGUCAUAUGACCGACGCAUGUGAUGUCACUUGGCCUAGUUAAAGCUACAAGAAGGCCUUGGCACUACUGCGAGAGCUGGUGCCUUCUCAAACAGCUGAUCAGUGGGGGCCCUGGGUCUCGGACCCUCAACGAUCAGAUACUGAUGGCCUAUCCAGAGGAUACGUCAAUUAGUAAAAAUAUCUAAGAAAACCCCUUUGACUGAGUUAAAUAAAUCUGAAUUUUAAAUGUGGUGAAUGGGCAAGUGAUUGUCAUUCUGGAAAUAAAGGUGUUUGGACAGUCCAGCUUUUACAAGGGAGACAUUCUUUUCUCCUGUUUCCACUCUACCUCCUUUCUCAUUGCUUUAUGGGGAGGACCAUGGCUUCUAGGACUAUCCUUUCUGGGUUGAAAGCAAUCUCUCAGAUAAACCAACUGCCUUUGACAUUCUUACUAUUUAUUGGCCAAUUGUCCCUUUUUUUCUGUUAUUUCGACUACUUUAUUAGAAAUCUAAAUUAUUUUACCCAGUUGUGCACCUCCUCACAAUCUACAAUAAAUAUGCCCCUAAAUUACUCCUCAAAAUAAACUGACUGUAAAGAGACUAUGCUUCAGAUAUUCGGCACAAUUUUGCUAGGUUGUUGUUCUCACAAAAUAACACCUAUGGGUGUAUCCACUGAACAAAUCCAGUUAUGCAUGAAAGGCCUCAUGCACAUGACCGUUUUUGUGGUCUGCAUCCGAGCUGCAUUUUUUUCGGCUCGGGUGUGGACCCAUUCACUUCAAUGGGACCGCAAAAAAA